AUGCCAAUGCUCUCAACGGACAGCUCCUCGCCCGUGUCUGAGAGAACUGUCCCUGUCAUCCUGCGUCUCUCUGGGAAUCACCAGGAAAGGAUCAGUCUCCACAUAAUCGACUGCCCUCRCUUCCCUGGAACUUGGCUGCACAAUCCACAAAUUGACUGGACCACCAGAAAGGAGGCUAUGGAGGGGUACAUCCAGGCUUCCCUGGCAGUAGGACAUAUCAGGCCUUCUGCCUCUCCGGUAGGUGCUGGAUUUUUCUUUGUAAGGAAAAAGGAUGGGACGCUGAGGUUGUGCAUAUACUUCUGUGGGCUGAAUAACAUCACUGUGAAGAACAACCGUCUGGCAGCACCUCUCACCACCACCUCCACUCUGUUCCACUGGACCCCUGAGGCAGAGGCAGCUUUCCUGGAAGUCAAGUGCCGCCUCACUUCCGCUCCGAUCCUCACCAAGCCAGACCCAGAACUCCAGUUCACCGUGGAGGUGGAUGCCUCCGACACCGGGAGAAAUUAUGACAUUUGUAACUGGGAACUCCUGGCAGUGAAGCUUGAGGAAUGGUGUCACUGGCUGGAGGGUUCUAUUCUCCCCUUCAUCGUGUGGACGGACCACAAACCUGUCCUUCACUGGAAAUGGCAUGGGUCCAGAGACAUGGAAUCAUCUCUGCUGAAGCCCAAGUUCCACCUGGACCUGUGGGUCAGUUUCACCAUCCAGAACUGGCUGCUGGACUUCGGGAGGCCCAUUGUCAUGAUCAUCCUCCCUCUAGAGUGGUUCCCCCUGAACAGACCCAGUGCUGGGGACUACUUCCACAUGGCUUACAACAUCAUCACACCCUUCCUGCUUCUCAAGCUGAUCGAGCGUAGCCCCAAGACCCUGCCCCACUCCGCCGUGUACCUGUGCAUCAUCARCUUUGUGAUGGGCGCCAGCAUCCACCUGGUGGGUGACUCCAUUAACCAUCGCCUCCUGUUGAGUGGCUACCAGCUCCACUUGUCUGUCAGAGAGAACCCCAUCAUCAAGAACCUCCAGCCUGCCUCUCUGAUAGAUUCAUUUGAGCUACUUUACUAUUAUGAUGAAAAGCUUGGCCAUUCUAUGUGGUAUGUUCCCUUCUUCCUCAUCCUCUUCCUCUACUUCACUGGUUGCUUCACACACAUCAAGGAGGAGAAGAGGAUGCCGCUCGCUGCUUGGUUUCUUCUCGCUCCCAGCGCCGUCUACUAUUGGUACCUGAUCACAGAGGGACAGAUCUUCAUCCUCUUCAUCUUCACCUUCUUCGCCAUGACGGCCACAGUGAUGCACCAGAAACGUAAAGGCUUUGUCCCCGAUAGCAAUGGGCUCUUCCUGCUCUACAGUUUCUCCAUCGCCCUGGGUCUGGUCAGCGUCUGGGUGGCUUGUCUCUGGAGCGACCAGGUCCUCCGCAAGAAAUACCGCGGGGUCAUCUAUAUACCGGAGCCUUGGGCCUUCUACACUCUGCACAUCAGAGACAAGAGGGCAUCAGCUUGAGCAAGGCGAAUUGCAGAAUCGGUAAUCUUGAUCACAUAAUGAGUAGCUACUUUGGAUGCAGGUGCACAGCAGAGACAAUCAGCGUGUUGGAUGGAAUCAGUUUGAGCAAGCGAGGCACAGAAUCACUCAUCUUGAUCACCCAUAAUAUAAUGAGUAGCUAUCUGGGAUGCGAGGUGAUUUGUAGAUUCUUCCCAUUCCGACUGCAAUGCAGUCGAUCUCCAACACGCACAAUCACUAGCUGCUCAAAUGACUCACUCUAGUCAUGUGUGCUGGGAGGAAAAGAAAGAGGGAUAGAGCACGAGUUUACCUACUAUGCAACAAAAAUACAAAAGUAAGAGAUGUUGAGAGGUACUGUACUCUUGGGACUGUGUCAAGAACUUGAAUUAUCUUUUUCUUUUUUUCUUCUUUUUUUUUUUACGGUUUAAGUUACCUAAGAUAAAUGAACUUGAUUGCGUAUGCAGAUACAGAUAUGCAAUUCCUCCAUUGCUUAUUUGUACAGAGAAGUYAUGUGGUGUAAUCAAUGCAAGCCCUGUUGAUUGUGUCAUACGUCUCAGAACAGUAGAAAGAGCUGAGCCAGCACCAUCUGGCAACACUGAAUGGAGACUGGAGAAACUGAAUGUAUGAUUCUCCUGGGAUUCCUGCAGAGAUGCUUUUUUGAUCACACACACUCACCAGGGUUGGGGUCAAUUCCAUUUUGGGGUCAAUGCCCUUUCCAGUCAAUUCAGGAAGUACACUGAUUUUCCUUGUUGAAAAGCUACAGAAUAGAAUUGACCCACACUCUGUCACUCACUCUAUGCCCUUUAUCAGGA